UGCUGACUAGUCAAAUUUUUACACAAACGACAAACAGACAAAUUAAAAAAUAAAAAGGGAAAAAAAAGUUGUUGGUCAACUCUGUAAAUAUCCACAAAAUUAAGGUUAAAUUACUAAAAGAAAAGUAUCAGUAAGCUCUCUCGAACGCCCUCCAAAAUCCUUCCGUCUUCGCUCUCGUUCAGGCUUCAGCUGCUACGCUAAGACCAAAAACCCCCUCCCACCGCGUCAAAUUCCCUAAUCCCCUUGCUGUCUGAAUCUUCUCCACCCGACCCGGUCUUCUUUCUUCUUCUUACUCGUUAACCCUUCAUGCCCUUCCAAGUUGUAUUACAUAUAUAUAUAUAUAUAUAUUUGAGGAAUCUGUCAGAGCUUUAAGUUUCAGGUUUAAUUUUUUUGGAUAUGGGUGGUAAUGGAAAGCACAGGUGGAAGAUCUCCUUCUACCAUCGUUCCAAUUCCAACGGCUCAAAACUCGACAUGAACAACAACAACAACAGCAGCAGCAAGCAACAACCCCCUAAAGAGUUUCGGUGUCCCAUUUCUGGGUCUUUAAUGGCUGACCCAGUUGUUGUCUCUUCUGGUCAGACUUUCGAGCGUGUCUUCGUACAGGUCUGCAGAGAAUUGGGUUUCUCUCCUAAGCUUGAAGAUGGGUCUAGACCCGAUUUCUCCACAGUGAUUGCUAAUUUGGCUAUCAAAACCACCAUCCUCAAUUGGUGCGACUCAGCUGGUGUGGAGCACCCCAAACCUCCUGAUGCCGACUCUGUGGAGAAAACCGUCCGUGCUUUAAUGGCGGCGGAAAAUCAGAAUCAUCAGAAUCGAGGGCCUGAGAUUAGGGUCUCUGAGAGGGAAUUGCUUAAAGGCGUUGCGGACCACCCACCGGUUAUUUUCUCUCAUGCCGAUACUGAAUUGGGUCCCCGAGCCAACCAUUUUUACUCGAGCUCGUCGGAGGAAUCGGUGGUGAUUUGUUCGCCAAUUCCGGCUACUCCUCUGCCACUCGCGACCCGACCUUUGUGCUAUUCUUCGUCGUCUUCUUCCUCCGAAAUCGUGGAGAGCGAAACCCUAAACCCUAAUUCCGGUCCGGCUUCUGAAGAAGAGGAACAAUUGGUGACUAAGCUGAAGAGCAUAGAGGUCGUUGAGCAAGAAGACGCGGUGAUUUCGCUGAGGAAGCUAACGAGGACCAAAGAGGAGCUUAGGGUUUCUCUCUGUACGGCUCACCUUCUCUCGGCUCUCCGUUCGUUGAUCACGUCGAAGUACUCGACGGUCCAGAUCAACGCGGUGGCUUCGCUGGUCAACCUCUCGCUUGAAAAGCCCAAUAAGGUGAAGAUCGUGCGGUCAGGAUUCGUGCCGCGUUUGAUCGACGUGCUGAAGGGAGGAUCCGGCGAGUCGCAGGAACAUGCAGCCGGUGCACUCUUCAGCUUGGCUUUGGACGACGAGAACAAGAUGGCGAUCGGCGUACUCGGCGCGUUGCCUCCUCUGAUGCACGCGCUUCUCAGAUCCGAUAGCGAGCGGACUCGGCACGACUCGGCAUUAGCCUUAUACCACUUGACUUUGGUCCAGAGCAACCGAGUCAAGCUCAUCAAGCUCAACGCGGUCCCGACUCUGUUGGUUUUGGCAAAAUCCGGGUCAUCGCCGAGUCGGAUCCUGCUGAUCCUCUGCAAUUUGGCGGUUUGCCCCGAGGGAAGAUCCGCCAUGCUCGAUGCCAAUGCGGUGGAGUGCUUUGUGGGUAUGCUUAAACAGGACGAGUUGGACUCUGAGUCGACUCGGGAGAACUGUGUCGCGGCACUGUACGCGCUGAGUCAUAGGAAUAUGAGGUUCAGAGGCUUGGCGAGGGAAGCGAGGGCUCUGGAGGUGCUGAGGAAGGUGGAAGAGAGAGGAAGCGAGAGGGCGAGAGAGAAAGCGAGGAAGCUGUUGCAGAUGAUGAAAGGGAGAGAAGAAGGUGAAGAUGAAGACGAACUGUGGGAAGGGAGGCUGGAGUCGAGUGGUGGACUCAAUUUGAAUCGUUACCGAGUUGGACUCGGUAGAAACAUGCAAGGUCCAAAUUCAACUACUUUUUAAUUUUUUUUGAAUAUUUUUCUUUAUUGGGUUUUUUAUUUUUACUAUUUUGUUAUUUUUAUUAGGGUUAGAUUGUAAAUUAUUCGUUUGGGUCAAAAAAUGGAAAAAGGAAAAACCAAAAAAAAAAAAAAAAGGUUUAAUUUUUAACUGCUGUGUUGAAUGGGUGAGUCAUGACUGGUGGCGUUUGGUUGUAAGGAAAAUUUGGCUGGUCGGAUUGGGUCUUUCUUUUGGAUAGAUUUGGGGGCGGAGCUAUUUGGGUGGUGGUGAGGGUGGAAGAUAUUGAUGGCUUUUAUGUAAUUUUGAUAUAUUUUUUUCUUUUUAUUUUGUCACAUGUUUAAAUCAUUUGUAACAAAUGUUUCAGGGUUUUUCUUUUAAAUGUGGAGGUGUACAUAAUAAAUUAUAAAAAAGAAAAAUUAUAGUUUAAAAA